UGUUGCAGUGACCAAUGUGCAAUUCCAAUCCUCAACCAAUAAGCUCCAUGCAGCCGGGAGGGACAUUGUAGAUCCUUGAAUGGACUCUGCCCAACUUUAGGACUCCAGAAGUUAGAGAUGGCCCCUGGAUUCAUUUUGUGCAGGGGGGUCCUAAUGUUCUAUGAGGUCAGCCUUCCACAGGCCAGCACGUGGGGAUGGUUCCUCAUGGAAGUAGUUAGAUAAAGCCAAGUAGUGUUUUUUUUUGUCUUGGUUGAUAUGGAGCGUGGGUGUGAGCCAGCCCUCCUCCUCCUAGACCCACCACCAGCAGAGUGCAGAGUCAGGUUAUCGUUUUUAAAGGGGGGGAUAGCAGAGCCCUGGAGCUCCCACCAGAUGCACCGCUUUGAAGCGCUGGUCCUGCUAGGAAGUGGAAUUUUAUCAGCUCCUCUGUCCUCCAUACAUUCCUGGGCUGAGUUUUCACUCACCUCCAGACCUUCUGGCCCUCAAGAUGAAAGCAACCCGGCAGACCUUCAGCCAACAGCAGGGAACAUCCAUAAAACUUCUGGCACUGUGAUCCUCUGGAAGACCUGCCAAGGAGAUACAUGAACAAGACGAUCCUGAUCCUCUGACCAUCUCUGGGUCCUUGCCCUACAUCUGAUCUAUGUGUUUCUCUGCCAGCAAUCGCAGGUCAGCCAGCAAUCGCAGGUCAGCCAGCAAUGAGUCCUCUGCAGGAGAGGUGACCUCUGACAAAUAAGUCUUUCAUUCUCUUGUAGCUAUCUCAGGAAUAAUAUCUUAAUCUACGUUCUCAGACCCUCUCUGCUGUCUUUUCCUGUUGCUCAUCAAGAUAUACUGGACAAGAUUAUUAAAUUGGUUGCCUUCAGACAAUACAAGGGAUAUCCGUGCCAGGUGACUGUGGGGUGCCAAUGUUAUUCUGUAAGGGUGGGGACACCCUCCGACUAGGUGACAAUACAUUUUGGGGAUCCGGGAGAUGCAGAAAGCAUCCUACUAUGACAACCCCAGUCUAUUUGGAGGCUACUCAUACCAGGGAGGUGGUUUGGGUUAUGAAGGGCCACAGCAGGCUUUUGCAGCUUCACCCCACCUCGACAAUGACUUCCAGAGGUCUUCUUGCUCCCUGCAAUCCCUGGGACACAAUGGGCCACUGGCCAAACCGAAAAACCUAAAUGGGAGCUGUAUGCGUUCAAGUCUGUCUUCUGAGCACCACCAGCCCUCUUCUCUUUCCCCCCAAGAGAACCCCACUGUUCCUCCCAAUAACAAUAGCAGCAGUGCCCAGUCUGGAGCCAACAAGUCCUCCUCAGUGAAAACACAGGCCUCCUGCAGUCCUGCCAACAAACAGAUCUUCCCAUGGAUGAAAGAGUCCAGGCAAAACUCCAAGCAGAAAUCCAGUCCCCCCACCACAGCGGCAGAGAGCUGCAGUGGUGACAAGAGCCCCCCGGGUUCUUCUGCCUCCAAGAGAGCACGCACGGCCUACACCAGCGCACAGCUUGUGGAACUGGAGAAGGAGUUUCACUUCAAUCGUUAUUUGUGUCGACCAAGGAGGGUGGAAAUGGCAAAUCUGCUGAACCUCAGCGAAAGGCAGAUUAAGAUUUGGUUCCAGAACCGCAGGAUGAAGUACAAGAAAGAUCAAAAGAUUAAAGGGAUGUCUUCAUCCUCUGGAGGACCUUCACCCACCAGCACUCCACCCUUGAGCAUGCAGUCCUCUGCAGGCUUCUUGGGAUCCAUGCAUUCAAUGACUGCUAACUUUGAGACUCCUUCACCACCUCCCUUUAAUAACAAACCCCACCAAAAUGCCUACUAUCAGACCCCUGUAAAAGGUUGUCCUUCCCAGCAGAAGUAUGGAAGCACUGCUCCAGAAUAUGACCAUCAUGGCCUACAGGGAAAUGGGAGUAGUUAUGUAUCUCCUAAUAUGCAAGGGAGCCCAGUGUAUGUUGGGGGGAACUAUGUGGAUUCGGUGUCAGCACAAGGCCCUUCUCUGUAUGGUUUGAACCACCUUGCACACCAGACCAACAAUAUGGACUACAGUGGAGCUCCACCCAUGCCAACCAACCAGCAUCAUGCACCUUGUGAACCCCAUCCAACCUACACAGAGCUCGCUUCACAUCAUCAGGGAAGGAUCCAAGAAGCUCCUAAAUUGACCCACUUGUGAAGAAGAAAUCAGCAUUACCUAGAAAAGAAAUAUGUUGGCAGACUGAGGGGCACUGAGCUACAGCACUGCCUCAGAACAUAAAGAAGCAUUUGUGUUGAUGUCUUAUUUUUUAAAUGUGUUUAAAUGUGUUGUAUUUUAUUACAGACUCAAGGUAUUACAGGAUUCUUGCUGCACUGUAAUUUAAACCCAUCUUAUCAACACAAGUGCUUCUCAGGGCUGUAUUUUGGUCGUAGAAGUACCUGUUAUUAUCUUAAAUGGUAUAUAAUAGGCUCAUAAGAUUGACGUUUAUUACAUCACCCAUCCAGUUAAAAAGCCUUUCAAUUGAAAAAUAAAAUAUCACAGCUACUUCCAAGUCUUCUGUAGGUUUUGAUAUAAAGUCCCAGUGGUCACAGACAAAAAUGUAUGCACAAUGUUGAUCUCAACUGUGUUUAUUUUAUUUGAAUGUGAUCUGUACAUUACAAUAGAAUAUGAGAAUUGUUACAUUUCUGUGGUAGGUGCCUAGGCAUACAAAGGGGUUGCUGACUAAAUUUUCUAGAUAAUUGCCAUUGAUGUCACUUCUCUGUGAAGGUUAGGCACCUGAGUAAUCUUUGGUCUUUCGUCUUAACAUGAAUACAGGGUAUAUAGUAUAGGACCUACUAUACUAGGAGAUGUCUACUCACCAAUCUAAGCACAGUGAAUUCUGCUCAGUGUUUGCUAAGCUACCUGUGUGGACAUCUCUCUUGCACUUCGAGUUUACAAAGGGUGAGAGCAGCCUAGGGCCCAACUCACUCAAACCUGGAGCCUUCCAGGCUUGUGUGGUCAUGUGUAGAGAUUAUUUAUUAAUGCUGCUUAUGAAAGCCGGUCGAAACAAUUAUUUUUUUCCUUUUUUGUAUUAUUUAUCCAGCAUAUUAACGUAUUUAUGAUAAUUAAGGAAAUUGUACUUUUUUGGUAUUUUCUUGUUCUAAAGUUUGUGUUUCCCUGUCAUUGUACAAUAAUGCCUAUUUAAUUCUAGUAUUUUAGAAGAAAAAAAAAUGUUAGUUUGUUUUCUUGUUAUAAUGGAUAAUGUAACUAGUCCUACUGGAGGUAUGGAAAAACCCAUCCAACAGUUAUUGUCUAGCCAUGAAUAGGGAGGCUGCACAACACCCUCUGGAGAUCUCUUUGUUCCUUGUAGGUCAUUUUUCCUUUUUUUAUUUUUUUUUAAGUUGUCUGUUGGAAAAAAAAAUCAUGGAAUAAACUUUGUGUUAUAAAACA